AUGUUGCUAACCAAACGCGUGGAGCCAAGACAACAGUUGUCCAGGCAUCGAACUCUGAUGAACGUAUUUGAUAAGGCUCCUGUUGUUGAUAAAGAUGCAUUUAUUGCCCCAAGUGCCUCCGUAAUUAGUAAUGUUCACAUUGGCAGAGGAUCGUCUAUUUGGUAUGGAUGUGUCAUGAGAGGUGACAUGAACAACAUUAGUGUUGGAAACUAAACAAACAUUUAGGACAACUCCUUGGUGCGUGUUGCAAAGUCAAAAUUAAGUGGGAAGGUGUUGCCUACUGUUAUUGGAGAUAAUGUUACUGUAGGUUAUAGUUCAGUUUUACAUGGUUGCACUGUUGAGGAUGAGGCUUUUGUUGGUAUGGGUGCAACACUACUUGAUGGUGUUGUUGUUGAGAAACAUUCCAUGGUUGCUGUUGGUGCUCUUGUGAAAAUGAAUUCACGGAUUCCAUCUGGAGAGAUUUGGGCAAGGAAUCCAGCAAAAUUCCUGAAAAAGCUCACUGCUGAAGAGAUAUCAUUUAUCUCCCAAUCAGUUAUCAGUUACAGUAACCUUGCACAGGUCCGCACCAUCAUAAGCACACCUUGA